ACGUCCUGAUUGAUAAAUAAGUUGACAGCAAUGAGUAAAGUAAUACAGAAUACAGACAUAAUAAGAAAUUGCUACUAGAUCUGUAAAUCUGUAUUCUGUCUGUCUGUAAUCACUUGAAGUCGAUCAUACUGUGUAUUUAACUAACGUGAUAUUUCUGUUUCAAAGCGAUGUCGGAGGAGUCGGACGAUGAACCUUUAUCCGCCCUAGCGGCGGCCAAGAAGCUAAACCCCGAGAAAUUUGCUCUUGAAAUCAUACCUCAAACUGCUGAGAACGAAAUUAAGCUGAGAAAGAAGAAGAAGCUAAAGAAAACUCAAGAGUUUAUGCUUAACAAAGCAGGUUUGACCAUUGACUUGGCUCGUAAAGUAAAAAGCCAGCUCUCUCGCCCUGUGAUCCAACGCCCAGCAGAUGUUUGGUUGUAUCUAAAGGAUUUGAACCCGACUGGACCAUACAGUUGCUUACUAUGCUCUGAAUGGUUUAUCAACAGGUCUAAAAUAGUAGUCCAUUAUAUUUUAAAUCACAAAAAGGAUUUCUGUGGGAUAUGUAGAUACUUUGUCCCAGACAGAGAAGCAUGGCAUGCUCACAAGAAGUUCCAUACACCAUGGCCAUGCUCCCAGUGUGUUGAGGACUUCCCUACAGAUGUUGACUUGAAGCAACAUCUCAGUAUUGCACACAACCUUGUACACUGCCGACUGUGCCACUUCCGACUCCCAGACAAUGAUCAGUACCACACACAUUUGUUCCAAAAGCACAAUGUUUCAAAUGUCUCAAGUAAAGACGGAGACAUACUAUGGGAACUAGAGUUUGAAGGCUGUCAGAAAUUCCUCUGUCUACUAUGUUGUAAAUCUAACAAUUUAUCAACAACAUUUGUCAACCACUACAUGGGGUACCACCAUUUUACACUCAAGUGCUUCACAUAUCUUAUUUCAGGAUCAGAUUUCCCAUUCACUGUUUUUGGUGCAGAUGUUAGUCAAGGGUUUAUUGAGAGUUUGAAAAACACACAAAAGUGUGGCUAUGUUGACUUAGAUCAUAAACAAACUAGUGAAGCAAUUCAACAAAAUAUUAUUAAAGAAAAUGAGAACACUUUAAGAGAACUUCUUUCGGAAAUAAAACAAGAGAGUGUGAGUGAUGUAGAUGAUGCAAAAAAUGAAAAUGCCCCAGAGAUUGACAAAAGUCAGUUAGAACUUAUAAAAUCAUACAAGGGUGACGAAGAUUUUGAUGUAACAUUAAUGGAACUGGUUGUGCUUCAGAAAACUUACUUUGAAUAUCUAACUGGAGCUCUGACUGCCAUAAGCUCAAACCUUGUACCUGAAAAUUCUGAUAUUGACUAUGAAAAAGCAAGAGAAAUGAUUGCAGAAGUCAAUUGUUCUUUAUGUCCAAAUAAAUAUAGCAAUAUUCAAGAAUUUACUACUCACAUGCACAAGAUGCACAGUGUGAAAAUGGUGCCAAUCUUUUCAUGCCGAGUGUGUGCCACCACUUUUGAUAGUCAAAAUGAGCUGGACAGUCACAUAAGUGAUGAGCUUGGUGACUUUGAAGAUCUCUGGUUAUGUCAGUUUUGUGACAAAGAAUUUGACAACAGAGUUGCGACUCGGCGCCAUUUGAUUGAACAUAUGGAACUGCUGGAGUAUGACAACUGCUUCAGUCCCCAUCUGGGGUUUAAGUGUAAAUAUUGCCCGACUCUGUUCUGGAAUGAACCAGAUAGAGAGACACACCACACGAGGGUACAUUUUCCGAAGUAUAAAGAUCAGUAUUAUAAGUGUGAAUGCUCUGAAUUAUUUAGUGAUAAGAUCUGGUUUACACACCACUAUUUAGAAAAGCACAACACCGAUGCCUCUAAUCUAAAAUACCUGCUUAAGUGCUGCUUGUGUGCCAUUGUGGUCUCCUCAGUGGAACAGAUGCGGACUCACUUUGUCACUGAACAUCCGGAGGCUAGGAAACUAUUCUGCUCUCUCGAUGGAUGUCAGUACAGGCCACUCAGCCAUAAGAAGUCUUUUAACCUUCAUUUAAGGUCUCAGCACUAUUCAAUGGAGCGGAAGGACCUGGCGUGCUCAUGCAGCAUCUGCGGACGCGAGUUCCCGAACGCGCGCGCGCGCAGCGCGCACACGACUGCUGUGCAUGGGCCCGGCAAGUUCAAGUGCAAGAUAUGCAAGGAGUUACUGCAUUCUAUGGAUGAGAGAAAACUGCACUACCUGCUCCGUCACCCGGGCCACCACCCUUAUGAGUGCCAGGAGUGCGGCAAGUCCUUCCAGUACAAGUCGUCGCUAUACAUGCACAAACAGGACCACUCACCCGUCAAAAAGAACUACACUUGCAACAUCUGCCAGAAAGUUUUUGCGAAAAAAGACUCCUUCCGUGAGCACCUGCAGAUCCACGAGGGCCCCCGUCACGCGUGUUCCUACUGCCCGAUGCGGUUCGUGCAGCGCUCCAACAUGCUGCGCCACGAGCGGAGACAUACAGGCGAGCGCCCGUACCACUGUACCCAGUGCGACCGCACCUUCGCUGACAAGGGCGCUUGUACCUCUCAUCUUAGAACUCACUCGAAAGAAGCUUCGUACGCUUGCCUGUACUGCGGCCAGACGUUCGUCCAGAAGUCGAAGCUGACGUACCAUAUCAGGAAGCAUACGGGAGAGAACCUGGAGACCUGUACUGUCUGCUCCAAGCUGUUUACCAGCGCCUGCUCGCUCCGGGAGCAUAUGAAGAUACAUCAGACCACUAACAAGGAUGGAGUUAAAUGCCCGCUUUGUGAUAAGAAGUACAAAGACGAGCGCUACAUGCUACGCCACCUGCGCACGGCUCACUCGGGCGCGCACCACACCUGUCCGCUGUGCCCCAAGUCACUGGCCAGCCCGGUCGGCCUCAGGCACCAUGUAUUGACACACAGCCGGCUUAACAUGUUCCAUUGUAAAUGCUGCACGAAAUCCUACGCAGUGAAGCGUACGAUAACCAAACAUCUUCGUCGACGUCACGGACUGAAAGGCUCGGAAAUAAACGUCAAAGAUUUCUACAGACGCCUAGACCCUAGAGAACUAGAACUUGGGUUAGACGAAGACAUGAUGACCACCAUAUUUGGACCCCCAAAGAGAGUAGCUACCGAUAUCUUGAUAGGCGAUUUUAUAACAUUCCCGAAGAAAAUAACACUUCCUAAAAAACCGGACGUUACUGGUGACGGCAAUGACGAGGAAGAUGAUGAUGAAGAAACGAAGGAAGAAGAGAUGGAGAGUGAAGAUGAAGAUCCACCAGCUACUAAAGAAACUGAAUUUGCAAAUAAUGAAGCAGAAGAGCUGGAGCCAACGGAUUUCGUUAGCGUUAAAAUUGAACCUAUGGACGAAGAGGAAUCAGAAGCGUCAAAUUAAGCUUUAUUUAUAAGUAAUAUCGAAUAUUGAAUGUGUACUGUACGUAUUGAGCUGUUCAUUUCUAUUUAGUUAUUUUUUGUUAUGAAAUUUCAUUGUUUAUUAUUAUUAAUUAUUAUAAUGAGAUCUCUGUUCAAUUAAGUAUAGCAUUGUAGGGAAAAUGUAGCUUAACCAAAAUAAAGUAGUAGAAUCAAUUUAAAUUCUACAGUUAUUGUA